UCAAAAGCUGCAGCAGCAGCCCUCGCACGUCCAAAGCAGAAGCGGAAGUCGACUGGUAAGAAGAUCGCGCAGACUCGGCCCAUUCCUCGCUCGUAUGAUGAAUGCGACGAGGCGGACAAAAUGCUCCUCGAGCUCCGCGAUGAUGGUGGCGAUUGGAAGGAUAUUAGGCCGAAGUGGACGGAGCUCACGGGAGAGGGGACUGCGCCUUCUACGUUGCCUAAUCGCUAUGCGCGGAUUAAAUCCAAUCUCACCGUGAUCGAAGAAGGUGACAAUGAACGUCUUCUUCAAGCUAAGCGUCAAGUUGAGGAUACAUUUGAUGCGACGAAGUGGGAGCUCAUCGCCAAUCUUGUGGAGGAGAAAGGUGGACAGCGGUACAUGGGUCUCGUGCUGAAGAGACAGUACAAGAAGCUU